AUGAAUGAUAGAGGAAUGCCCAUGCUCCCUCCAAGGUGGUUGAAAUGCCCACGUAUGGGCGACAUGAUAUUGGAUAUCUUUAUUCCAUUCAAGACUCCAUUGGAUAAUAAGUUUGAUCACUUCAUAGAUCCGGAGAAUGUAUUUCACGUUGAAGAUACAUUCAAAACAGCAGAACCUUAUAAACUUGGUCUCAUUAUUGACUUGACAAAAUCUCGCAGAUUUUAUAAUCGGCGAGAAGUAACCGAAAAUAAUUGUAAAUAUUUGAAAAUAGAAUGUAAAGGAAACGAGGAAAGACCAACACCAGAACAAGUGAAUCUUUUCAUUCAAAUUGUUAAUCAAUUUCUGGACAGUAAUCCUGGAAAUCAAAAAAUAGGUGUUCAUUGCACUCAUGGAUUUAACAGAACUGGAUUCAUGAUUGUUGCGUAUCUUGUUGAAGAGCUGAAUUACGGCGUAGAUAUAGCAGUUCAGAUAUUUUCAGAUGCCAGACCUCCUGGAAUUUACAAAACAGAUUAUUUAGAGGAUCUUUUCACUCGUUAUGGAUGUAUUGAGGAUUGUCCACAAGCACCUUCUUUACCGGAAUGGUGUUUAGAAGAUGAACACACCAAUUCACAUACAUCAUUUAAACGGAAAAAUGACGAGACAGAUGCCAAUCAAGAGACUGCAUCAUCAUCAAAAAUAUCACGCUUAAGUAAUCAUACGGAUGAAAUCACAAAUAUCUCUGUUAUAUCGAGUAGAAAAUUUCCUCCACCACCCCCAGGAAACCCAGAACUUAUGGAAGGUGUCUCUAAAGUUGCUAUUUUGGAUCAAGAUAGUCAAGAAGCUCACGAAGCACGUGAUUUAGCAGAAAGAUUAUGCAAGAUUGGUGGUUUCGUGUAUUUGGAAGGUCAGCUAUUCCCUGCUACAGACUCAGCUUCUGAGAAUGAACAAGAAGGUAAAGAUUCAGAAGAAGUAAAUCAUUGCGCUAAAGCUUCAAAACCAUCUAGAAGACCUUUACGCUUUAGAGGUAGCCAACCAGUCUCUAUAACACAAAGAAAUGUAGCAGCUUUAGUCAACUGCGAUUACUGUGUAACGUACAAGGCAGACGGUACUCGCUAUCUGCUACUUAUAAUGGGUCCGGGUCGUGUAUAUCUUAUUGAUCGUGGGAAUUUUGUUUAUAAACCGAAUGUUUUGCACUUCCCAACUGUGCCAUGGGUUCGUAAGAACGAAAAAUCUGCUCCUACUUCUGGUUGUUCAGAUUUUGUAAAUCAUCCUGAGGGUCACUUGGUUGAUACACUUUUAGAUGGGGAGCUAAUUCUUUGUCAUGAUCAAUCCAAACCUCCUAAUAUAUCCACCUCAGAAGUAUCUGGAAUUCCCAGGUUCCUAAUUUAUGAUAUGGUGACUUUGAAUAACAAACCUAUCGGUCGGCUUCCAUUUUUUGAACGUUAUUCUACAAUUGAUAAGCAAGUGAUAUGGCCGAGAAAUACUGGUGGCCAUUUAGGAUUCGUUGACUUCAGUAUACAAUCUUUUUCAGUUCGACGGAAAACAUUUCGUGCACUGCAAGAUACUGAAGAGCUACUCAAACCUGCUUUUUUUCAAAGUUUGGAUCAUGCAACUGAUGGUCUCAUUUUUCAACCUUGUGGCCCUGAAGAUUUUUAUGUUCUUGGGACAUGUCCUCAAACUCUCAAAUGGAAACCACCGAAUAUGAACACUAUUGAUUUCAGGUGUAAAAUAGAAUUCCAGCGAAAAGUUGGUGAAAUCCCUGGUUAUGUUGGUCAUCUCUUUCUCGGUGGUCUCACAGUACCAUCUGCUAAGCUUGCACAUGUCAGUUCACGUGAUAAGGUACUCGAUGGGAAAAUUGUGGAAUGUGUAUGUAUUCCAGGCGUUGGUUGGAAAGUUUUACGUGUGCGUACCGAUAAAACAGAACCGAAUUAUCAUAAAUCAGGAGUUGCUAUUAUUGAAAGUAUCAUGUAUCCAGUGACAGCUGAACAACUGAUUAUGUGCGUACGACAGCGUCAGAAUAAAAUAAAUUCACAACAACAACAACAAGGUUCCUCUUCUCGAGAAACUUCUGGCCAACAGCAGAAAUGA